AUGGGUAGCCGGGUCUUAGGAUUCCGAUUUGCUCCACUUGUAGUUGGUAGAGUAGUCAAUUUGACCAAAGAAAUUAUUCCUGUUGCAACUGAAGAAUUCUUGAAAACAUUUACGAAAAGAGAUGGUGACACAUGUUUUUAUGGAAAAUGUUUUUACUGCACGCCGCUUGAGUCUGCUUGUGCUGAUGGCGAUUUAAUGGAAGGUUCAGUGACAUUGUGGCUGCCAAAGAAAUUGGCACUGCGACGUUGGCGCCACCCAUGGAGUAGAACAUACAGAGAAGGUAUUCAGGCAAGGUGGGAAUACGAUGACACUUUCUGCGAAGAUAUCAAGAGGAAUUAUCCGUUAGAGAGCUCACCUUUGAUUCUGGACAUGACAGAUGCAGCUGUCUUUGACAGUCUAAUUGGCAACGCCGACAGGCAUAUGUACGAGACAUUCAAAGAACAUGGAGAUACUGCUAGAAUGCUGCACCUUGACAAUGCAAAGAGUUUUGGUAAUCCAUUCCAUGAUGAAGCAAGUAUAUUGGCUCCCUUGGAGCAAUGCUGUAGAUUGAGGCAGUCAACAUGGGACAGGCUACAGGAACUUAAAGAUGGAGAACUAAGUCAGGUGAUGGAAGCUGUAUUAUCACAUGACCCAAUUAGUCCUGUUUUAACGGAUCUUCAUCUUCAGGCUAUGGACCGUAGACUGCAAAGCAUUCUAGAAACAGUUGAAAAUUGUUUCAAAAAAGAAAGCAUAGAGAAUGUUUUAUAUUGAAAAAAGCAUUAAAAGAAAGUAAAUGGAGAUAAAUAAGAGGUACAGUAGAGCUUCUCUUUGGAGGAGACACCAUUUUUUUUUGCUGUAAACUGAGAGAAAACAUCUUUUCACACUAAGCAAACCCCUGUUGAGGGGGUAAACUGUGAUUAAAUUGAGAAUUAUUUGAGAAAAAAAGUUGUGUAUAUAGAAGAAUAUAAUUUUUGUGGAAAGUAUGUGGAGAAUCUGUUUGACUAUAAUUAAAGGUGGGAGCUAGAUAUACUGCCUGUCUUGAAUUAGAAAAAAAAUGAAAUUCAGUAUUUGAAUUGCCUUGUGUAAGUGGCGUAUCUAUGGGUGGUUGGUGCACGUCCCCUUAAAAGAAUGUUACGCCAUACCUUUUCUCCACCUUCACCUAAAUGAAUUUCCCAUAAAAAAAUUUUUAAAAAAUCGCCCUGUAAAAGAAAGUUACGCAAUACCUUUCCCCACCUGUCACCUAAGUAAAUUUGCUAAGCAAAAAAUAUGCGCCCUUAAAAGUAUGUUACGCUAUACCUUCCCCCACCUGUAACCUAAAUAAAUUUGCUAAGCAAAAAAAAAAAAAAAUAGUAGUGAAGUAAUGAAAUUCUCCUUAUAUCACCUUAUUUUGCCAGAUAUUGCCUCCUCACUUAUAAUCAUCAAGCCACACCCCAACUUAAAUUUCACACCCCAUCAGCCCCACCCCUUCAUGUCAACUGCUACUUGCCAAGGAAACCCCUUCAUGUCAACUGCUACUUGCCAAGGAAAACAUUUUCUUGUUAAUUUUUUCAAUUGAAAGCAAGUGACUUAAAAAUUACCAUAUAUUCUUGCAUAUUAGACAAGGCUUAAAAUAGCAAAUUACAAUCGGAAAAACAGGGGGUCAUCUUAUAUGCGCAAUUUUAAAUAAAGAUUUUGAAUGAACAUAAAAGCCCAUAAAAUGGUAUUAUUUGGAAAAUGAGCCAUAUAUUUGGCUCCGAUUUUAGCCAGCUAGAUGCAGUAACAAGAUCAUAAUGAGCAGUAAAAAGUAGGAAUUACGACGGUGAAACUGGGAUUGUCAUAUACGCCCGAUAUACAAAAAUCGUCCAAAAAUCUUCUCGAACUCAGGGUCAUCCUAUAUCGCCUAAUAUGCAACAAUAUACGUUACAAAUUCAAAUAUUAAAUUCUAUUUUUCAAAUAUUUUUGUCAUCUAAAACACACACACAAUAUGUAUUUAUGUAAUUUCAUUUUUCAUUCAAUUUAUUUAUUCACCAAAGAUAGAAUACAUAAUAAAGUAACUAUAAUCAGGGGUACAUUAGGUUAAGCAAAAAUUCAUUAUAAUUUUGAGGGGUCAGCUGCCCCUCGUUUGCAUUAAUAAUGCGGUAUAAAUUAAAUUUCUGCAUAAAAUUUUACCCCAAUAUUUAUUAUUGGAAGGAAAUAUAGUCAGUUUAUUUUUCUAAUAUUUAUAGUUAUAUUUUUCUGAUUGUAUACUUAUAUUUAUAUAAUUAAUGUCAAUCAUUUUCCUCAUUUAUUUAGAAAGCAUGGUUUAACAUGGUUAAGGGCUUAGGCUUUGGAGUAAAUUAUUUCCUUGGUUUGAAAUCUAAAAAUGACAUGAUCUUCAGUUGAGUCCUUUACUCUAGUUCCACACCCUUCAGAUGGAAUGUUAAGCCAUUGCUCAAAUAGAAUUUUUACAACUUUUAAGGCAUCCUUUUAUUGACAUGUGGUUGCUGUUUGAUGUGGUGUUUGAAAUUAAGAAAAUAGAUUAAAAAAUGGUCCAAUAUUUAUAAUUGCUCUGUGCAUGAAUACUGUUGUAUACACAGAAUAGAGUAAAGAAUUGUAUCCCAGCAUUGUGACCAAAUACAUGGCAAUACAAUCAUGUUUGUAUAUGUGUAGAUGUUUGUAAUACACUUUCUUUUUAUAAGAAUACAUUAACACUGAGGCUAAAAUAGCAUAAGAACAAGUUGAGGCUGAGGUACAGUAAAAUGUCAAAUUGUGUUUUUAUUUAUUUAUUUUUUAAUAGAAAAACCAACAAAUCUUAUCCGUACCCUAUAUGCAGUAGACUUAAAUACCCUCUAUAUACAGUACAGUAAUAUACAACUGUAUAAUAAUGAUUUUGUAUGUUUGAAACAUAAUAAAUAAGACCAAAAUAACAAUAUUUUGAGCCUGAAAUUGGCAAAAAAAAAUAAGAAAACUGAGCCUGGACACUACAUAAUUUUACUGGUUCUUAUAAAAAAAAGUGUAUGUUUGGAUUGCCACUGACAUGCAAUGCUUGGUAACCCUUGAAAAAUACAUUGACAAAUACAUUGACAAUUAAAUAGAAAUAAGAAUGUAGUUUUGUGAUUAGAAAAACAAAUUUUAUGUAAGAAUUUUACUGCAUCAAAUCCCAUUUUUAUUUAUAUUUUAUUUUAUCAGUUUAGGUACACGAGCCAUGAACGACAAUAGUGAAAUCAGUGGCAAUCUCUUUCAUUAGACAACAUAAUAUGAUGCUCUCAUCAUAAACUCAUUAUGAGGCUUAAAAAAGAGGAGUUUGUUGGUCAUGAGAAAAAAAUCCAAAUUAUAGGUUUUAUCUACAUUCCAUUUGGACAAAGGAUGUAGAACAGCCUUUCAAUAAACAGAGUAGUGUCCACACAGCUUUCAACUUAAAAUGUGGAAAUGCAUACUAUGUUCAAAGACAAAAAUCAUAAAUGUAUUAUAUAUAAAAUUAUUGCUCCCUCAUAAAACACUGAUGUAAAUAAUUGCUUUAAUGAGAAACUUUAAAACCUGAUGUCAUUAUUCAGCUCUUAUCACAGAGACUGGCUGUAUAUUUUGAAUUUAGAAGGUUUGAGUUUUAAUUCAAGCACUCACUACGUGAUACGACCGUCCUACGACGAAUCCAACUCCGCUCCCUGUGAGCGGUACCGUAGACUAAACUUUGUCUUAAUCAGUGAAAAUGCUGAAGAAUAAUUUGAUUUUGGCACCAUUGGCGUUCCAUAUUAAUUAUUUGCAUGGCGUUCCAUAGUAUACUUUUUCUGGGAUCUCUAAUUCGUAUCAAAAAGUUGGUGGCACUUUCCGAAGUGUGCUAAUAUUACGAAAAAUCAAUAAUUUAUAGACUUUUGGCAAGUCUAGCGGUACCGGUACGCGUGACUGCUGAUUGUUGGUGGCAGUGUGUAAACGAUUGUGACAGAGCCGUAGAUAGAGUGGCCAACUCGGUUUCACGGGAUUCUGCUAUAUACGCACGUGUGAUUGCGUGGAUCGCAAUCACAUGACUUACACCGGCUAUGUUGUCACCAAAACAAAACAUUGGCGAGCCACAAACAAACGCGAUAGGAUAUAUUAAAAUCCCAUAAUUGAAUUGUCCUCAUGAACAGAAUAAUAAAAGAAAGUUUAUGCAACAUCAGUGUUAUAAAGCUAAUACGCGCGCACGCUGUUUGGUAACAACAUGGCACCAUGCGCCAAGUUGGCCAGACUCUCUAUCUACGGCCGGCUCUGGAUUGUGAGUAAAAACGAUCGGUUGCGCACGUGUCGUGGUGCUGCGUUCUACAUAGAAUCGCUCAGGUCUUUUCGUAUAGUCGUUCUUUUUUGCCAUUAAUUAUUAUCAUGCUUUAUUUCUCAUGUUUUUUAUAGUUCUUUUUACGACUGAUAAUAGAAUUGUUUACACAAAUUUUAACUUAUUUUGGAGACGGUUUUUACUUUAUUAUAAUAGGUCUAAUUAAGGAAGUUUCGCAAGCUAACGAUAACGAAUACGGUUACGUCAUAUUUUGUUUUAUCCUAUCUAUCCCAUAGAGUAGCAUAUCUGUCACAACGUACGCUAUUCAUGACUUUUAAAUGAAUCAACGAUUAUUGUAAAGAAUGUUUUAGGCACAAUGGAGAUAACGUGUUCGUUAUCGUUUUCGUAAAUUGGAAAAUCUCCCUAUUAAAUGUCUUGCUUUUUGUAACUCAACCUUUAUCUCACCUACAAGUUUUAGUCUAUUGCAGGACUUUGUAUAGGCCUAUAAAGCUUUUAUUCUGGUGCUAAUUUAAUACCCUAAUAAUGGGAAUAGAAGAAUAAAUUAACAACUUCUAAUAUAAAAAAUAUGGCAUAGAAAACGCCUUAAAAUUAAUUAAAGCAUUGAUAAUUACUUCUUUAAGAGGAUUACAUAAGUUACAUACUUGCAAUGAGCAAGUAGAGGUCAAAGGAAUUCAUUUUUAUCACCAUCUGACUUAAGGGUGUUUGCAGAAUACAGAAAUGAGUAUUGAUUAAUUAUGCCACAGACCCUAUAUGGGGUCUGUGCUUCAUAGCAAUCCUAAAUCUAAUCGACAGGUCUGGCCUUGAACUAUUCUUAUGUAUUUCUUUCUGUUCGUGUGUGUGUGUGUGUGUGUGUGUGUGUGUGUGUGUGUGUGUGUGUGUGUGUGUGUGCGUACGUACCUGUGUGUAGAACAGGUUUGUAAACACAAAAACUUCAGAACUGUGACAUGUUGGUACCAAAUUGAUUAUUCUCUCAUUUUGUCUUGUGUGAAUAUUUAACUCGUACGAGAUAAAAACAAUACCCUACCCCCACCAAAUGUUGUAAGAUAUGGUUUCGUUUUUGUCAGAGCCUUAGGAUGCAGUAGCUGCGCCAGGAUUUUCUCCGAGGGUUAAGGGAUGUCUCCCACGGGCUGAUGGAUGUUCCCGACGGGAAGGCCGAUUUCCUCGGACGACUGCAUAAGUAGGCAAACAUAUGUAAUCACGGUCUUCGAAGAAGUCUGGUUUUGUUUUUUGAAGUAUUUUUGAAGCUUGUUUCUUUAACCCAUCGUAGAUAGUACCGUACCGUACUUUUAAACAAAGUUAUAAUUAUAAUUUUACGGGGUUAAUCGAAGAGAAAGCCUUUUAGUGUUUUACUGUUGUAUGCUUAGAUUGUAUGCAAUUAACAUAAAAACAUCAAUAAACAUUAAACGUAGACGAUUUCAUUUCUUAAGUAGCGUUCUAAUGCUGCCUGAGUUGUUUCAUUUUACAAGCCAUUUUAUUACCAAGAGUAAUUUGAUGAAUUCUGUUCAGGAAUAAUUGUAUAUUGUCAGAUCAUGUGAAUAUUAUGUUGUAAAUGUCCAUUAUGGUUUAAGUUUCACAUCUGUAGUUGUAGAUGCUGUGUAAACAUGAGCUAUGUUUUAUGUCUAAUGAUGGUGCUAUAAUUGAUGUAAUAUGAUGAUUAUGAGUUUAAUCAAUGCAUCAUAAUGGUCUAUUUUGUUUGAAUAUGAAAAGUGUUAAUAUUAUCUGUUGCAAUAAAACAAAUUACUUAUGAGGUAUCAGAUGUCAAAACAAUGUCUCAACAUUGUGAAUUGUAUAAUGCUAAGGGUGAAGUAAGAUAAGUUACUUGAAACUUUGGUCUCAAUCAGAAGGAUGAUAUGCAAAAAUGUUGGUAAUUUAAGUGAUUAUUAUUAUUACUAUUACUUAUUAUUAUUUGCUUUUCCAUCGUUAGCAGAAAAUGCCAUUAUUUUGUUCUAUGAGAAUGCCAUUUCUAUGUAUUCAGAGAUGGCAUAUUCUUAAAAUGUCCACUUGAAGUCAAAGUUUCCUAAUGCUAUUUUUUAAAAUGUCAAGAUUAUUCUAAAAUAAACAUUUGCUUUUCCAUUGUUAGAUAAUUUGCAUGUGGAUGGUGGGUUCGAGAGUUUCGGGAUCUGGAUCAAUUAUCAUCAACGCCCCUAAAAGGAGCACAAUUUCAUGCAAACCUAUUUGAAGUCAAAUUUCGUUCAUUGCAUAAAUUUGACGACCGUGAUUACUUCAAUUUCAGCAUACAUUUGAAAUAAAUACUUCCUUCCCAAUUAUUUGCUCAUACAUUCCUUUAGAUCCGGUAACGCGGAUGAAUAUUGAGCUGCCGUCUGUCGUUCAAAAACAUAUUUCUUCACAAUUCAUAAUAGAUCAUCAUUCGUUUAAUUAAUUUUCUAUAAUAAUAACUAUAAUAAUGGUUAACAUAUACCGUAACGAUAGAGAAAUUAAACAGUCUCUGAAAAUCCGCCUUCUUUGGAGAACUGUUAUAGUUGAGCCCGAGCGAGGGCGGCGCCAUCUUUGUUGUUGUUAUAGAAAAGCUAUGUGAUUGCAACGUAAGGGGAUUUCGUGCAAAUCAGGAAUUAUCACAUGUGCAUAGCAAAAGAGGUUAAUUUCACGUUUUGAAAGCUAAACUUAAUAUCGUUUUUCUUGAAUACACCGAAGGUACCUCAGACAUCCUUAUACAAUCGUUUUUAUUCUUGUCAGUCUAUCGUGAGUUACAAAAAACACGUUUUUAGGGGGUGGUGGGGGGGGGAAGGUAAAUAUUUCAAGUCGGCGAUUUAGCCUGACACAAGGCUGACUAAAAAAAUCGGCCUGUGGAGGUAUCAUUUUAGUUGAGGUUCGCGUAAUUUAGUCGUAGUUCCAAUCGAAGUUCGUUUUAAGAAUACGAAAUGACGUAAUUUUUUAGUUUUAGCUCGAACUACGACUAAAGUUCGUUUUAAGAAUACCGGGGUAAGUCGUAGUGCUAGUCAAAGUUCGUUUAAGAACACGAAAUGACGUAAUAUUCAAGUUUUAGCUCGAACUACGACUGAAGUUCGUUAUAAGAAUACCGGGGUAUAGCCCGCGAUUGGUCUUCCAAAGUUCUGUAGGAACACCUCGCGUUUCAGUUCAGUGUCAAAUUAGGACAAAUCAACUUCAUUUAUUAACCAGAAUUCCAGGUUUUCCCCGACGAAGAAAGUGGGCGUGGUCGGCCGUUGCUCAAAAUCUCUCGAAAGAAAUUCAUGGGGGAGAAGUCCCCGAAAAUAUGACAAUUUAUGAGUUUAAAGGCUUAUUUAAUCGUUUUUUAGUCUACUAAUACGUAGAAUAUACAUAUACAUUUUUUUCUCCCCGACGUACCGUAUACAUUAUGGAGAGAGACCUCUCUCUUAACAACGAAACUACUCAACAUCUAAAAUUGUUACUCAGGAGUCUUUGAAUGAGAGGUGAUAUUUUUUCCUGUUUUCGUCAUUUCUUCUUUUGCUGUUCUGCGCUUUCUUUGUAUGCUUUGUUAUAUUUUAUUCUGUUGUGCUCUCAUUUUUGGAGGUUUUGGAAUAAAGUGGAAUUUGAAUUAUUGUCUUGUUUGUUUGUUGUUUUUUUUUUUUUUUUUUUUUUAUGUUGUUAUUUCACAAUGUUAAUUUCAUCAAGUAUGUUUUUGACCAAGUAAUACAUUUAAUUGAAUAUUAUACUAUACAAUACAGUACUCUCUUUAUUAUCCAAAACAAAAUAUUUUUUACAAUGAAAACGAAUAAAUUAUUGUUAGAUAAAAAGAGGUUGAAAGGAGGCAACUACAUGCCUAUUUGGUUCAAUAUCCUAUAAAAACAAAUUAAUAUAUAAUUUACGGUUCAUUAAUAGUAAAAUAGAAAUUAUAAUAAUUAAGUUACAACCUUUUAUUGUAAUAAAAAUUCUUGAAUUUGGUUUUGAAAGAGUUUCUAUUUUUUAUUUUGCCGAAUGUGCAUUGGUAUUUCAUUCCAUAUGUUGGAUUUUCCGGAUGUAGUAGCUGCCUUCGGCCAAUAUAUUGUAGAUUUCCCUUUGUAUUUUGCCUAGUUUCAUGUGGAUGUAUGGUUGUGAUAAGUGUAAGAUAUUCAUUUAAAUCUUGAGGCUUUUUUUUAAUGAAUCAAACAAAAUAAACGGAUACAUAAUUUGUGUAACUUAACAACAUUUAACAAAUUCAAUUUCUUAAACGAAGGUAGAGAAUGAGUCAAAUCACUAAAUGUUGUUGCUCUUGCUGCCAUUUUUGGAGUACAGUAGGAUAGAAUGUGAAAAUGGACAAGUGCGACCCCUGACCCCUAACUCAUACGUGAUAUGUGGUUGUAUAAAUGAUUGGUAUAUUAAUAUAAGAAUAUUUUGUGGGAAUAUAUGCCUUACCUUGAAUAUAAUUCCAGCUUUCUGUUUAACUAUGGACUUACUUUCUCAAUAAUGACUUCCGAAGUUAAGUGUUUUUGUCCAUGGUUAGUCCAAUAAAAACAGCUUCUGAUACAUCCUCGAUGUGUUCAUUAUUGAGGACAAUAUCCCCAUCUGCAGUAAUUGGUUUUUUUAAAAAUAUAUAAUGAAAUUAAUUGUGUUUGUCGAAUUAAUAGUUAUCUUGUUUUGCACCAAUAUAAAACUUCAUUUAACUGAAAAGAUACUUCGUCAAAGUUGAUUUAUUAAUUAUGUGUGAAAAAGAUUUGCAUUGUCUGCAAAUAAUCUGAAAUUUAAAAAGAUGGAAGAAUUCGGAAUAUCAUAAAUAAAAAAAAGGACUGGGGCCUAUCACAAAACACUAA